AUGACCUUCAAGACGAGUCUGGGCCGUCAAAGGUCCCCUCAGGCGACCGUCAAAGUGCCUCCGAGUCCUAGGGACAUCCCUCCCCUUUCCUCGUCGACUUGUACAGACCCUCCUCUGCCCCACGUCAACUGCAAGCCCUUCCCCCCCAUAUUGUCCAAGCAGGAGGUGUGGGCAUAUGGCUACCAUUUCGACCACAUCAAAGUUUACAAACGGAUGGCUGAGGAGAAUGCGGAGUUGGAGAAGAUCACACCAGAGCACUUUGCCAUUCAGCUCCCGGCCCAUAUACGCAAACUCGUCGACACCCGGGGUAAGGCCACCGAAGUUCGCCUGAUUGAGGGCAAGAAUGUGAACCACCUGACCCCAGACUUUGUGGUAACAUUGUUCCGGUUGACGGCUAAGGCGAUGGCCGAUCUCCCACUGGAGGAGGACGUCGAGGUCAUCUCAGACCUAAUGGGGUGUGAGCCGGAGUGGUGGCAGGUCGUGAUCUGGGACAUUUAG